AGUGUCCGGCACUCAAGGAGAUAAGAUACAAUUUGUGGAUCUCAAUAAGAUUGCACCGAUCGACAGUCGCAUCGUAGGAGGGGACCCGGCCAUUAUUCAAAUGUUCCCAUUUGCUGUACAGAUAAUUGCGAGAGGGUCUCCAGUAUGUGCAGGAACACUGCUCACAGUACAAAACGUUCUUUCCGCAGCGCAAUGCUUCUUUGAAGGAAACCAACUAAUUGGCACCAAUCAUUUGAAUGUACGUGCUGGAACCGUUAACAAUAAUUCUGGCGGGACAAGUAUCCCAGUAUUACGUCUAGCUGUACAUGAGCGAUAUAACAAUCCCCUACGUGAUAAUGACAUCGCCGUCUUGCGAACUUCUACACAGUUCACUCUGGGCACCACAAUCGGUGUAGCCUUUAUACCCUAUCAGAAUGAUGUCUUGCCUGAUAAUAGUCCAGUGAUACAAAUUGGAUGGGGAGCCACGUCGGUGAAUUCGACACAAAUGUCGCCUGUUCUGAGGCAUGUGGUUGUGAUGAAGAUAAACCGGGCAAUUUGCGCUUCGAGGUACCAACAACUCGGAGCGGGGUAUGUUAUCAAUGACAACAUGAUGUGCGCUGGUAGGCUAGAUAUCGGAGGUGCGGGUGCUUGCCAUGGCGAUGUUGGCGGUCCAGUGUUGUUCAACGCCAAUAUUGUGGUAGGAAUUAUGUCAUGGGGACAUGAAUGCGGACACCCACAAUACCCCAGCGUGAACGUGCGUUUGGCCAGAUAUAGUAACUGGCUUAAUACUACGGUGACAAACAUCAACGGGAGUUCAUCUGUGAGUGAAUCGAGAAUAAUUCUAUUGUUCACACUCAUCUGUGCAAUGCUCCACUGGCAGUCACGCUAGGCAAAACUUAAUAUGUACC